GAUUAAUAAUGUUAUAAAUUAAUAAGAUAUACUCAAAUGUUGAGUUAAAUAAAAUGUUUAGUUCUAUUACCAACUAUAAGUCUUUAGACAUGUUUAAUAAAAGAAGAAUAAUGUUUUACUUUUGUUUUCUUGUUUUAUUAGUAUUUUGGUUUGUUGGAAUUCGAAGUAAAGAUGCAUCUCGUUAUCAAGAUUUAAAACAGAUAUUGGAACACACUAAACAAGAAUUAAAAAUUAAAUCUAUAAAUUACAAUAAUUUAAAAGAAAGAUUUGAGAGUAUAUGUGAUAAAUGGCAACCAAAUAAUCCAGUUAUAUAUGCAAUAACACCUACUUACAAAAGACCUGUACAAAGAGCAGAACUAACAAGACUGUCCAACACUUUUCGUCUUAUAAAUAAUUUUCACUGGAUUAUUGUCGAAGAUUCCGAAAUGAAAACAUCACUUGUAGCUAAUUUGCUUUUUAGAAGUCAUUUAAAUUAUACACAUUUAGCUAUUGGAACACCUGUUGAAUGGAAAAGAAAAUUAAAAGAACCUAAAUGGAAAAAACCUAGAGGUGUAAAACAAAGAAAUAAGGCAUUAGAAUGGUUAAGAAAUAAUAAAGCUAAUGAAAAUGAUGAAGGCAUUGUUUAUUUUGCUGACGAUGAUAAUACUUAUAGUGUAGAUUUAUUUAAUGAAAUACGAAAAGUUAAAGGUGUUGGUGUUUGGCCAGUUGGUCUUGUUGGUGGUCUUUUAGUAGAAAAACCAUUGAUAAAUAGUAAGGGUAAAGUAAUUGGAUGGAAUAGCGCAUGGAGACCAGAACGACCAUUUCCUGUUGAUAUGGCUGGUUUUGCUAUAAAUUUAAAAUUGUUACGGAAUCAUUCAAAUGCUGAAUUUUCGUGGGACGUCAGUCGAGGUUACCAAGAAAGUGCCAUACUUUCACAAGUAACUACUAUAGACCAGUUGGAACCAUUGGCAGACAAUUGUACUAAAGUAUAUGUAUGGCAUACCAGAACUGAAGAACCAAUAUUAAAAGCUGAAGAAAAGCUGAAAAAUCGUGGGUUAAGGUCAGAUAUGAAUAUUGAAGUUUAAAGUCUAAAUAAAGUAAAACAAAUACUUAAAAUAACCUAAA